AUGACAGAAUGGGCACUUCCGGACGCCCUGCGCCUGGAAACCCGAGAACCAGGGACUCUGCUCCUCACAGACCGGGGACUCUGCUCCCGUAAAUGGUUUCCUGAAUCUGUGAGAAAGACCAUUGAGCGUCUGCCACCUCACUGGUUAUUCUUGAAACUGGGGGAACCCCUGGCCACAGUCUUCACUGGCUAUGCUCUCUUAGGUUUCAUACCUUAUGAAGGGGACUGGUUAGAUAUUGAAUAUUCUUUGCAGCGAGGAUCAUCAAAGAUCACAAUACACUCAUUGAAGGCCACAAAGUGUAUGCGCCUGCAAGAGGUCUGCGUGACUAGUAUCCACAAACAACAAGGAGUGCUGAAUCACACCAUCUUUUUCACCUUCCACUCACUGAAGUGCCCCAUGGGCUACACCCCUCUUGUAGGCCAUGUUGUCAACGUGGUGGUAGUGCAGAGCAUCCGGCCCAACUACAACUGGAGAGCAAUCUCCAUGAUGCCAGUGAACAAGCUGUAAAGGCGAGGGCCCUGAGAAUCCCUCUUCCAGUUACUCCCACAAGAAGCAGAGGGCCUCAGUUAAUACACAUGCUUAUGUUAUGGCCUCUCUACUGCUUAGAUCUAUCUCCAGGGAGCAUGAGCUCACUGUGGGCAGGGCUUUAUCCAUUGGAACACACGCUCAAGCUGCGUCUUGAUGGCAGCAAUAUCAGCAUAUGUCCUGAGCUCAAGUCCCUGACUUCUGAGAGCAGCAGUGGACCGUCUGCUGCCCCUGGGGCUGGUUUGUCCAGUAAGGAACGUGUAGGGCAAAGCAUUUGACUGCAAGCACCACGGCCAGAUGCUGCAUGGGUUUAAUCUGGAGUCUCCUUGUGGGGUGUGUGUUGUUCAUUUGCCCACUGCCUUUUUAAUCCGCUACACCUGCUCAG